AUGCGCGAGAUCGCCCAUCUUCAAGCUGGUCAAUGCGGCAAUCAAAUAGGAGCUAAGUUUUGGGAAGUGAUUUCCGACGAGCACGGUAUCGAUCCUACCGGCACGUAUCACGGCGAUUCAGAUCUGCAACUGGAGCGCAUAAACGUCUAUUACAACGAAGCUUCAGGGGGAAAGUAUGUUCCUAGAGCGAUUCUGGUCGACCUGGAGCCCGGCACCAUGGACGCUGUACGCUCUGGACCGUUCGGUCAGAUAUUUCGACCGGACAAUUUUGUUUUCGGGCAGAGCGGCGCCGGGAAUAAUUGGGCUAAAGGGCACUACACCGAAGGCGCGGAGCUCGUCGACUCUGUCCUCGAUGUUGUACGGAAGGAAGCCGAAAGUUGCGAUUGCCUUCAAGGUUUCCAGUUAACCCACUCUCUUGGUGGUGGAACGGGAGCUGGAAUGGGGACGUUGCUCAUUUCGAAAAUUCGAGAAGAGUAUCCUGACAGAAUUAUGAUGACCUUCAGCGUGGUACCGUCUCCAAAGGUAUCAGAUACUGUGGUGGAACCGUAUAAUUGCACUCUAUCGGUGCAUCAGUUGGUAGAAAAUACGGACGAAUCGUACUGCAUUGACAACGAAGCCCUUUACGAUAUUUGCUUCCGCACGUUAAAGUUAACCACACCGACCUACGGUGACUUGAAUCAUUUGGUGAGCGCAACGCUCAGUGGAGUGACCACGUGCCUGAGAUUUCCUGGACAACUGAACGCUGACUUGCGUAAACUGGCUGUAAAUAUGGUACCCUUUCCCCGACUGCAUUUCUUUAUCCCUGGUUUCGCUCCUUUAACGUCCAGAGGUUCGCAGCAGUACAGAGCCCUCACGGUUCCUGAACUCACGCAGCAAAUGUUCGACGCGAAGAACAUGAUGGCUGCGUGUGAUCCCCGUCACGGUCGUUAUUUAACGGUGGCAGCCGUUUUUCGAGGAAGAAUGUCGAUGAAAGAAGUGGACGAGCAGAUGCUGAAUAUUCAGAACAAGAACAGUAGUUAUUUCGUGGAAUGGAUACCGAGCAACGUGAAGACUGCUGUCUGCGAUAUUCCUCCUCGAGGAUUGAAAAUGUCUGCAACUUUUAUUGGAAACUCUACAGCAAUUCAGGAAUUGUUCAAGAGAGUGUCGGAACAGUUUACCGCGAUGUUCAGGCGGAAGGCUUUCCUGCACUGGUACACAGGAGAAGGCAUGGAUGAAAUGGAAUUCACCGAGGCUGAAAGUAAUAUGAACGACUUGGUCUCCGAGUACCAGCAAUAUCAAGAAGCCACCGCCGACGAAGAGGGCGAAUUCGACGAGGAGGAAGAGGGAGAGGGUGAUAAUCCAUGA